AUGAGAUUCUUACACGUGUGGGCAAGUCGACCCAUCGGGUUCGUCAACCCAGUGCCGUAUGCGCAUCCGGAGGUCCUCCACGAUAUCAUAUCACGCAGGGGAGUAACCCGUAACCCGGCCUGUGGCACCGAUGGGUUUGCUGUGUCUCAGGGGGUGGGGUGGGAUCCGGUGAUGUGGCUCGGGACGCCGAAUUAUCCUGAUCUGGUGAAGCUGUUUAUGGAGCAGCCGUAG